AUGGAUUCGUAUGAAAGCUAUGGAUCCCCCGGGAGGGGCCGUGAAACAAGCGAUCCUUAUGCGCCCAGGGCGUCAAUGGAUUCGUAUAGGCGCAGAUCUCCUGCAUCUCAGGAUCGGCGGCGUGGACGGGGUCGAUCGCGCUCUCCUGUAAUGAUCGAUCGGUACGAGCCUUCCGAUCGCAGGCCAUCUAGGGACGAUUACUACUCGGCAUCGCGCGAACAUACUGCUCGAGAACGUGAAGAUCGCCGCCGCCCUCCUUCGCCGAUUGCAGCGAAUAUCGACCGUUAUGUACCUGGACAAGACGGGGGAAAGCGGGCAAUCCAGCCUAACCCGUUACCAAAUCCUCUAACCCUUGAUUUCCAAGUCGGAUUCAAUUGGUUUGCCGAAUGGUGGCGGGCUGAGCAGUCUAUAAAAGAGGAAAAAGAACGCGUAAAACAUGGCGGGCGCCGCCCAUCCGACCGUGUAAAGGGAGAACGCGAGGCACGCGAAGACCGGGAUAGAGAAAGGGCUCAGAUCCAGGCGGCCUACGAUACCUAUAAGGUGGAUCUCCAGGUCAAGAUGGCGAGGACAUUCGUUCAGCAGCACAAGAAUGAGGAAUGGUUUAGAGAACGAUACGUUCCUGAAGUACGGGAUCCUCUUCGUAGGAUGCUCAUGGACUUCCGGGUAGGUGCCUAUCAGCAGUGGGAGCAUGAUAUUGAAGGAGGUCUCUUUGAUGAGUUCACUCUGGAGGGUAUCUACAAGAGCGAAAGUGACGGUGCCGGUGGUGUGAUUGAGAAGGAGGAAGGGGAGACGACAGCUGUGGGGGAGACUCUCGGCGUGUUGGAUUUGCUUCCAGCGAGAGGUGGAGAUCUGCGUGACGAAGCCUUGUCUCAGCCAGCGUUGCUUAUCAAAACGUUGGCACCGAAUGUAAGCCGUCAUAAGAUCGAAGAGUUUUGCAAGGAACACCUCGGCGAACAGGACGGUGGCUUCAAAUGGCUUAGUCUAAGCGACCCGAAUCCCUCGAAGAAGUAUCAUCGGAUGGGAUGGAUCAUGCUCCACCCAGCUGAUGACGUUGCAGUGGUGGAGAGAGGGGACGGAAGAGAAGAAGAGGGCGAAGAGAUGGACCAAGAUAAUGUCGCAAACGGGUCAGGGACCGUCACCGUUUCUGAAAAAGCUCUCGAGGCGACCAAUGACAAGACAAUACAUGACCCCGUUCAUGGGGACUUUGUCUGCCACGUUGGUGUCCAUGCUCCGCCAUCUCAGCUUCGAAAGAAGGCGCUGUGGGAUCUGUUCUCUUCACCUGACAGGGUUGAGCGUGACCUGGAAUUGGCUAGGCGCCUAGUCUCGAAACUUGACUCUGAAAUGGGUCGCGGCGUCGAUGGCUAUGCCAAAGUUGAAGACCGGGUUGAAGAACUACGCGGAAAAGGUUGGCUUCAGACUCCCGUUACUGGCCCUGUCAGUGUUAAGAAAAGAAAGCCUGAUUUUGAUACCGACGAUGUUGACGAAGGUGAGGCUGAGGAGGGUGAGGAGCAAGAAGAAUGGGCGGAUGACGAAGUCGAUGACGAGGAACUUUUGGCGAAGAAAAAGAAAUUGGAUCUGAUGGUUGAAUACCUCCGCAGGGUUUAUAACUUUUGCUUCUUUUGUGUUUUUGAGUGCGACUCGAUUCAUGAACUCACGCGGAAAUGCCCCGGUGGACAUCUUCGCCGUCCGCGAACUGGCCUUACGUCACAGUCAAAGGCUGUUGCUAGAGCCAGCGCUCUCGGGCAACCAUUCCCCGUUAAGAAGAAAGAUCCUAGCGAAGAGGGGGAGGAGCAAGCCCCACCCCCAAGCGAGAAAGAGAAACGCUCCCAGAGGUUCAGCUCAAAGUCGGAACAGCAGCUCCAGCGCGCAUUCAACUGGGUCAAGACGUUUGAGGACAAGCUCCUUCAAAUUCUUGAACCAGAGAAUGUGGACAUCGUCAAGCUUGGUGGAAAGUCUGUUGACGAAGCCUUGGAGGAGGAAUUGUCCAAGCAUGUCAAACAGGAGGAUGAGUCCAAAUACCGAUGCAAGGUACCUGAAUGCUCCAAGUUGUUCAAGGCAGAUCACUUCUGGCGUAAGCAUAUUGAAAAGAGACAUGCGGAUUGGUAUGAACGUAUUAAAAGUGAUCUCAUUUUGGUAAACGCUUAUGUUCUUGACCCUGCACGCAUUGCACCCUCGCGAUCUGAUGCCAAUAGCAACGGCCACUUCCCGCUCAAUUCGGGCCAAAACCAGACUGGUACACCUCGCGGAUUCAGCCUGGCGGCGAUGCCCCCCUACCUCGCUAAUGGGCCAAACGUUCCACCUGGAUUCCAAGGAGUGCCGGGAGGCCUGCCCGGAUUCAUGGGGCUCGGCAAUCAGUCUUGGGGUGCGAAUAGCAUGGCUGGUGGCGACCACCCCGGCCUACAUCAACCCGGCGUUAUGCGCCGUGGUGGGGGUCGCUUCAACAGCCGGUCUGGCCCUUAUGAUCGACGUGGGAAUCGGCAUGGACCCCAGGGCGUGGGCCGCAUGAGUCCAGGCCGUAGUAUGCUGCCUUCUGGCCGUUUGCCAGCAGCCGCAGGAGCUCCCUACAUCCCUCCUGGCCAUCCUGCCGCUGCGGCCUUCGCUGGAGCCGGAGGUUUUCCUGACGCUGCCCAACAGGCAAUGGGACCGCGUGAGGCCGUUCAAGGUCGUAGCCUGAAGAGCUACGAGGAUCUUGACGCUGUCGGCGGCGCUGGGAGUGGCGAGUUGAACUACUGA